UUCCCAUAAAUCUACCCUCCGAAAGACGAUAACCUCUCACCAAGCAUUCACCCCAGAAUUUGAAAGAACAAAAAAAAAAAAAAAAUCCCGUCCGGAGAUUGGAAAAAAAGAGAAGAAAACAGAGAAAUACAAUUUGAAAACCCCGCAUAGCGACCCCUUAGAAAGUCCGGGCCUGUGUUUUGACCGGCAACAUCUCAGGUCGAGGAAGACAGUGACAACAUCCCAGUCCCCAGUCCGCAUAUUUUGAAAUUUUCGCCCUCGCUGCUGCAGAACGAGGCUGAUUUGUGGCCCACUGACCUCGGAAGGGAGACAAGCAUGGAGGGCACAGGGUACAAGGAUGGGACAGCCAUAUUGCAAGCCCUUCUGAAGACAAGCCAGCAAGGACAGACCAUAACUUUUCCCGGCAAUGAAGAGCGGUUCAGCAGCGCGAUGUUCAGCUCAGAGGUCAAGGUGGAGGUGGGACCAACAGACCACACCUCAGGGUCGUCGUCAAUCACAACGCGCAAUAUCACCAAUUACCCUUGGGAUCACCAGUACCUGUCAGGAAGCCUAGUGGCUCUUCACUGCUCGGGAGAGUACCUGGCCUAUGCCAUCAAGGCUCCACAGAAAUCCAGUGGAAUGGUGAGAAUUAUCAACCGAAAAACGGGGGACCGUGGCCUGGUGAAAAACAUCCGUGGAAUGGUGCGAGACCUUGCCUUUGCACACCUCAACCAGAGAGUCAUAUUGGCCUUUACAGACCAUUAUGGCACUCUUUAUGUGUGUGAAGUGUCUGCGUCCAGUACAGAAGGAUCACUUGACACGGAACUCUUGCUGGAGGUGAACAGCACAUCAGAUGAAGCCAGUGACAAUCAUCGCAUCAUCUGGUGUCCGUACAUCCCUGAUGAGCAAGGAGGCGAGGAGGAUAUAGACGACCCUGCGUACCUGCUAGUUCUUACACAUGGCAACAGAGCGGAGAUAUGGAACAUCAAUGUUGUUCUGCGUGAAUAUGGAAAAGGGCAGAUAAUGCGUGACAGAAUAUUAACUGGUUACCAGCUCAUGGAGCAGCACUCAGCACCCAUCACAGAUGCUGCAUUUAGUCCUGAUGGCACAGCUUUAGCAACAGCUGCCCGGGAUGGAUUUGUUAAGUUCUUCCAGGUAUACAUGGCAGAUGAAGAGAAGUCGCCAAGAUGCCUUCAUCAGUGGAAUCCCCAUGACGGCAAGCCACUCUCCGCGCUCUUCUUCCUCGAUAAUCACAAAAAUCCAACCCCAGAGGUUCAGUUUUGGAAGUAUGCCGUCACAGGUGCCUGCAACAAUUCUGAGCUGCGCGUUUGGUCAUGUGAAUCAUGGCAGUGUCACCAGACACUACGCUUCGUCCCUUCACCGUCCCUGGGCCCCCUCAAGUUCAAGGCUGCCAUGGACCCCUCUGCUAAUUUCCUUCUUCUCUCCGAUAUCAACCGACGCGUCAUGUAUGUGAUUGUGGUGUGCCAGGAUGGUAAUGCCAACAGUGGGGGAAGUGUAGGGAACAGUGGGGGCAUUGGCACCAGCGGCAACUGCAUCGGUGUCAAGAACGGUGGCGGAAGUGGUGGCAGUGCCCGGCUGGUGUCAGUGUCCGAGCUCCCGGUGCAGUACCCCGCUCUCUCCUUGGCCGUGACCGAUGCAGCGUGGAAGCCCUACAAGCGGUGGAAACACGACCACGUUCACGACCAUGCGCACAACAUUCAUGAUGACGGUGAUGAUGAUGGAGAUGGAGUCGAUGUUGUUGAAGGUGUUGUGAUGCGUUUUGUCAUCAUCAACACUAAAUCGCUACAGGAAGCAAUACUGAGAUUCCAGCCAGCCAUUCCCUUGUCUGCGUCCAAAGCUACAACUUCCUUAGACUUGAGUGCCUCACAGGAUUCUAUUGGGGUGAGGGACGGACUGACGGAUCUCAGCAUGAGCCUCAGCACCACCGUGUCGGAGGUGGAAGGAGGAGUGAGUGGAGACGGAGGAGGGACAGAAGGCCAACCUCCACCUCCCCCGCCCCCCGACGCCCUUACCUCCCCCCAGAGCAGUAGCCUGACAUCGCAACACCCUGCACUGCACACCCCUCCUGCCACACAGCCUCCUAUGAACCUGCUCACCCCCGACUCCUUCAGUUCCCCUCGCAAACCAGAGGACAUGGAGCAUCCUGAUGAGAACAGUGAGGACAGUUCUCUCUCGAGCAAGGUAACCCCCAUAUCCAGCAAGUACGACGUGCCCUACAACACCAACUUUGAGAAUGCGACGCUCUCUCUCCUAUUGCGGUGUGGGUCGGGUACCCUGAUGCCCGGCAGCGAAGGUGAGGGAGCCAACAACCUCAAUAUCUUGGGGUCAGUCGUUUCCGGAUCGUCCAAGUCACCCCCAGCCACAGCGCUCCCCCCUCCCCCCUCUGGGACUCCUCCUCCCCUUGAUUUCCAGAACGCCGAGGAAGCGCCACUGGCCACGUCAGAAGUGUCUGUGACUGCGGCUGCUGGUCGUGGAGGAGCCAGCGCCACAUCUUCACCUUCCUUGGAGGUCCAGCAAAUCCUUCACUCACAAAAUGGUAAGAGUUCAGACUACGCAGAGGAUGAGGACGAGGAAGACAUCAGAGCGGCAGAUGAGGUUGAAAUGCCCGAUGACGAUGAAGAUGAGGAUGAAGACGAGGAGGAGGACGAGCCAGAAGCCCUGAGACAAGCACAUUCCCAUCCCAAGCCCCCACCUCUCCCUGAACCCCAGGCGGUGCCCCAGCCCCCUUCUUCACUGGCGCAGCCCACACCCACUUCCAUAGCACCCUCUCACUCCUCGAUGCCCCAGCCAUCGUCCCUACCCCAGCCCCCAUCGUCCAUGUCACACACCUCUCUGCCACAGCCUCCCCCUCCUGCCAGCCAGCCUAGCUCCUCCAUGCCACAGUUGCCCCCUGUGUCUAUACCCCAGCCCCCUCCAUCCAUGUCACACCCACCGCAGACGGUGCCAAAGUUGCCGCUGAAAUCGCCACACCUGCCAGAAGCAUCGCCAACUCAGAUGAAUCAGUUGACACAUGCACAUGACACGCAGAAAUCUAUGGCCUCGGCACAGCCUGUUGACGUGUUUGCCUCCGUAAAGACACUCCCUGCUCAGAUAACAUGCGCGCAGCUAGAGGCAGAGAUCAAGGGAGGAGCCAUCAGCCCAGAGGCCACAGAGAGCAGCACCCAACAAAAUCAUCAGAGCCAAAGAAACAGAAACCAUGUGGGCCUCGUGCGAGCUACAAACAGAAGUGUGCCUGAUAUGAGAAGUUCGUCAAGUUUAGAACAGACACAGCUCAACGGACCAGUAACGCCAGGAGUAAGUGCUGCUGAAAUUUCCGAACUGCGUAGCAUUGUGCGCAGCAUAAGCCUCAGCAGAGACCAGAGCAAUGAGGUACUCUCUCAGACCCUGGCACUUGCAAACAAACUUGACAAAGCAAUCCAGCAGGUCAAUCAACUGGCAAAACAAGUGGAAGAGGUGAGGGCUGCUCAGUCUCAAGUGCAGAUGGACCUUCCCCAUGUCGUUGCAGCCUCUCUACGGCCGGUGGUGGAAGCCACACUCAGGAGCGAGAUGCGGAACAGUGUAGUACCUGGAGUAGUAAAGACCAUGGAUCCCCUAAGAUCUCACGUGUCUCAAGAAGUCCACAAUCUCAUGAAGACCUCGGAGAACCAGGUCAUUGAUGCCGUCACUAAAGUCAUCCACUCUAGAUCAUUCUUAGAUAACCUAGGAGGAACCGUCGGUGCUGUUGUUGGCCCAUCAGUCCAGAAUUCCUGCCGUGAAGCCUAUAAUAAGUUGCUCUUACCAGGACUGAACGCACUGACACAACAGGUGUUCUCUCAAGUCAAUGAAAGCUUCAGUCGUGGCACCAAAGAGUACCUUCACAAUGUGGAGAGUGAGAUGCAGAGUGGUCGCACAGCCAUGCAGGAGAGUCUCGGCAAAGCAUCCCAGUCUCUGAACACGGCCUGCUCGUCCCUCACCACGCAGACAAAGAACCUGCAGGAGAAUGUCACCAAACUCGGGUCCCAGCAGAACAUCAUCACAGAAUCUCUAGCAGAGCGGAUUCGAGCGUUGGUCCGAGAAGAAGUGACACGGGCCCUCCAAGAGCACCAAGCUGCCGUCGAUGCCCGAAGCCGCGCACACACACCUGCACCUGCCCCCCAUCCCCACAACCCCAAGCUAGCCCAGCAACAGGUUCAGAACCUCAUCUCCUCGGGCCAGUUCAACACUGCCUUCAAGCAGGCUCUCUCUGCAUCAGACCUUAGCCUCGUGGUGUUUGUGUGUGAGCGUGUCAACCCCCAGCAGGUGUUCAACAUCACCCCUUGCCCACUUAGUCAAGAUGUGCUUCUGUCCCUCGUCAACCAACUCUCACAUGAUCUUUCCACUUUCACUGACCUCAAGAUCAAGUACCUUGAAGAGGCUGUUAUGAAUCUGGAUGCCUCCCACCCAGUGACCCGCGAACACAUGCGACCAGUGCUGCAGGGCUUCCAGCGCAACCUGCAUACGCACCUGGCUGCCAAUCCCAACCACAAGAAGGUCAAGAUGCUGCUCAUGGCUGUCAAUCACCUUGUUGCCUUGUAAACUGCACACGGUUUCCUCAGUAGCCGAGGGACUCUGACUUCUUAUUUUUUUAUUAUUAGUUUUGUUUUUCAUUUUGUGUUCUUGUUGGUUUUGAAAACAUAAAGGAAAAAGAGCAUUAAUAUGUACCUAGUCUUUUUUUUUUAUUAUCAUCAUUACGUUCUUGUUUUGCCUGCCCAGCGGUCUCUUUAUCAAAACUGUUGCAAUCUCCUCUAUGAGCUGUGGCUGUCUUAAGCUGCACGGGAUAAAAUUCUGAUGCUUUUUUUGCCAUCAUAAAGUGAUAUGUGUCUUUUAUUGUGUGAGUGAUAAUUGUCUUAACAAUAUUUCAGUUUGUCAUUGUGUAUAUGGUUACCUAUCUUUAGGGGAAGCCAGAUGAGUUUAUUGUUGAAAAUCUUUUUAGUGGCUUUAUCUCUUUCUGCGAUGAGCUUCAUUUAAUUUCUUUCCCUGGCAAAACUGGUACAUUAUAGAUCGCUAUAAGAAUUACUUAAAACGAUCCCCAUUUUUAUUUGUUAGGUACUGGGAUAUAUGCAUGUUUAGAAUUCAAAGUCCAUAAACCAAUUAUCAGAUUGUAUGGAAAACACAAUUGCCUUCUCUUUUACGUUAUUAAGCCAAGAUGGAGGUGAAUGCAUAUCCUAGUUUCCACAUGUGCUGGGUAGGCAAAAGAUAAAUAGAUAAAGUAAAACAUUUGAAAAAUCAUCUUUUAUAAACUCAAAAGAGCUAAGCCAAUACUUAAUAAAUGCAUGUGUAAUGCUCCUGUGAUUAUGGCACAGAUUUUUUUUAAGUUGGAGAUAUAUAUAUGAUAUAGAAUGGUGCUUCAAGCCCUGAAGGAUUAUUGAUACACCUGCUAGAACUUUGUAACUUGUAGCUUUUUUAUAUUUGUAAGAUGUAAGAUUUCAAAUCCGGUGUUCGAGAAAUGGAGGAAUAUCAGUAGGUAAGAUGGAACGAGAGGAUAAGGAAAAAUGGGGCCGGCAGAAAGUCUUAAAAACGCCGUGAGGAAGGUUGACGUACUUGGCUUUGUAGAUCAGGAGAGGAAGGGGAGGGGGAAGGAAUGAAAUAGCAGAAAACAUCCACGUUUAGUUAGUGUGAUGUUUGCAUUUAUGGGAAAGCAACAUUGUGGAGCCAAUGAAAAAAGCAUCCUUGUCAGUGUCUUUUUCCAAUUUUUGUUAUACUACAUUUAGUAUUCA